AUGGCUGCAGCAGUUCAGGCCCCCUCCAAGCCAGCGUUGUCACAGAAACAUAGCAGACGCCUGGGAGGCCCUGAGGCAGCACGGUACAUGAAAAAUGAUCCCCCGUUUCAACUCAAGCUUCCUCCAAAGGUAGCUAGACCUGAAAAAGAAGUUGACCCAGAAUAUGAAGAGAAGAUGAAAACAGAUCGAGCAAAAAGGUUUGAAUUCCUCCUGAAGCAGACAGAACUUUUUGCACAUUUUAUUCAGCCUGCAGCACAAAAAUCACCAACAUCUCCAUUGAAAGUCAAGCUGGGACGGCCACGGAUGAAGAAAGAUGAAAAACAGAGUUUGAUUUCAGCUGGGGAUUAUCGUCACAGGCGCACAGAACAAGAAGAAGAUGAAGAGCUGUUGUCAGAGAGUCGAAAAACGUCUAAUGUUUGUAUUCGAUUUGAGGAAUCUCCUUCAUAUGUGAAAGGAGGAACACUAAGAGAUUAUCAGGUUAGAGGUUUGAACUGGAUGAUCUCAUUGUAUGAAAAUGGUGUUAAUGGCAUUCUGGCAGAUGAAAUGGGUCUUGGUAAGACUCUGCAAACAAUAGCAUUAUUAGGCUAUUUGAAGCAUUACCGAAACAUUCCUGGGCCACACAUGGUCCUGGUUCCAAAGUCAACUUUGCACAAUUGGAUGAAUGAAUUCAAACGCUGGGUUCCAUCAUUACGUGCUGUUUGCCUGAUUGGAGACAAAGAUGCCAGAGCUGCUUUUAUCCGUGAUGUUAUGAUGCCUGGUGAAUGGGACGUUUGCGUUACAUCAUAUGAAAUGGUAAUUAAAGAGAAAUCGGUCUUCAAAAAAUUUAACUGGAGGUACCUGGUAAUUGAUGAAGCCCACAGAAUAAAGAAUGAGAAGUCUAAGCUGUCAGAGAUUGUACGUGAGUUCAAGACAACAAAUCGAUUGCUGCUUACAGGAACUCCUUUACAGAAUAACCUCCAUGAGCUGUGGGCCUUACUCAAUUUUCUUUUACCUGACGUCUUCAAUUCUGCAGAUGAUUUUGACUCGUGGUUCGACACUAAAAAUUGUCUCGGUGAUCAGAAACUUGUAGAAAGACUUCAUGCUGUUUUGAAGCCAUUUUUAUUGCGUCGCAUAAAAGCUGAAGUAGAGAAGAGUUUGCCACCAAAGAAGGAAGUAAAAAUUUAUCUUGGGCUCAGCAAAAUGCAGAGGGAAUGGUAUACAAGGAUCCUGAUGAAAGAUAUCGAUAUUCUGAAUUCGGCUGGGAAAAUGGAUAAGAUGCGUCUGCUGAAUAUUCUGAUGCAGCUGCGGAAAUGCUGUAACCAUCCUUACCUAUUUGAUGGUGCUGAGCCGGGCCCUCCUUACACCACUGAUACGCAUCUCAUCACUAACAGUGGUAAAAUGUUAGUUCUGGAUAAACUGCUAGCAAAACUCAGAGAGCAAAGGUCCAGAGUUCUGCUUUUCAGUCAGAUGACUCGCUUACUGGAUAUUUUGGAAGACUAUUGCAUGUGGCGAGGAUAUGAGUACUGCCGACUUGAUGGACAGACACCACAUGAAGAAAGAGAGGAAGCAAUAGACACAUUUAAUGCUCCCAACAGCAGUAAAUUCAUUUUCAUGCUGAGUACCAGAGCUGGAGGUCUUGGAAUUAAUUUGGCAACUGCUGAUGUGGUUAUUCUCUAUGAUUCAGACUGGAACCCUCAAGUAGAUCUGCAGGCCAUGGAUCGUGCGCAUCGUAUUGGUCAAAAGAAACCAGUACGGGUGUUUCGACUAAUCACUGAUAAUACUGUUGAAGAGAGGAUUGUAGAGAGAGCUGAAAUAAAACUGAGACUGGACUCUAUAGUUAUACAACAAGGAAGGCUCAUAGACCAACAGUCCAACAAGCUGGCAAAAGAUGAAAUGCUGCAGAUGAUCCGGCAUGGAGCGACGCAUGUUUUUGCUUCCAAAGAUAGUGAGCUGACAGAAGAAGAUAUAACCACUAUUUUAGAAAGAGGUGAAAAGAAGACAGCUGAAAUGAAUGAACGAUUGCAGAAAAUGGGGGAGAGCUCCUUACGAAAUUUCACUAUGGACACAGAGAUGAGCUUAUAUAACUUCGAAGGUGAAGAUUAUAGAGAAAAACAAAAGAUGAGCAUGAUGGAAUGGAUAGAGCCUCCAAAACGAGAACGCAAAGCUAAUUACGCAGUUGAUGCUUAUUUCAGAGAAGCCCUACGUGUUAGUGAACCGAAAGUGCCAAAGGCUCCACGACCUCCAAAACAACCAAAUAUUCAGGAUUUCCAGUUUUUCCCACCACGGCUAUUUGAACUUCUGGAAAAAGAAAUUCUGUAUUACCGUAAGACUAUAGGAUAUAAGGUCCCCAGGAAUCCUGACCUCCCAAAUGCAGCUCAGGUACAAAAAGAGGAACAAAAGAAGAUAGAUGAGUCUAUGCCUCUGAAUACUGAGGAAACUGAAGAGAAAGAAAAGCUUCUAACACAGGGUUUUACAAACUGGAAUAAAAGAGAUUUUAACCAGUUUAUUAAAGCUAAUGAGAAAUAUGGUCGUGACGAUAUAGACAAUAUUGCUCGUGAGGUGGAGGGAAAGUCACCUGAGGAGGUCAUUGAGUAUUCAGCUGUUUUCUGGGAACGUUGUAAUGAACUACAGGACAUUGAGCGGAUUAUGGCUCAGAUUGAACGAGGAGAGGCAAGAAUUCAGCGAAGGAUCAGUAUCAAGAAAGCCCUCGAUGCCAAAAUCGCAAGGUAUAAAGCGCCUUUUCAUCAGCUGCGUAUUCAGUAUGGAACAAACAAAGGGAAAAAUUACACAGAAGAGGAGGACAGAUUUUUGAUAUGCAUGUUACACAAGAUGGGCUUUGACAAAGAAAAUGUGUACGAGGAACUAAGGCAGUGUGUGCGCAAUGCUCCUCAGUUCAGAUUUGACUGGUUCAUCAAAUCUAGAACUGCAAUGGAGUUCCAGAGACGCUGCAAUACUCUCAUAUCAUUAAUAGAAAAAGAAAAUAUGGAAAUUGAGGAAAAAGAAAGAGCUGAAAAGAAGAAAAGAGGAGCAAAAGUUACAGCAUCACAGAAAAGAAAAGCAGAUUUGGCAUCCGAGAACUCUGGAAAAAAAGAUGCUAAGAAAGUGAAGUCAUGAACCGGAAAACUGAAUGCUAAACGUAAACCUGCCACUUUCUUCUCUUCAUCUACAAGUAUUAAUUACCAACUUCUUUGUAUUCAUGGUACUCUCCCCCAGAUCCCAUGGUUUACUUUUGCAAAUUUUGUAUACUUUACAAUGUCUUUCUCUACCUAAAACGUGUAGCUUUAUCUUAUGCAUUCCAGUAUUUGUGUGUACUGUAUUUUGUGAGUUUCAUGUCUUUGGCAAAAUUCACUCAGUCUUUGUUUUUUUGAAGCUUGUGCUGAGGUUUUAGCUUUUAUAUGUUUUAUAUGCUGCUGCUUUGAAAGAAAACCUAGAUUCUAUAGCUGUAUUAUUGUUGUUUCAUAUUUUAAAUUUGGAAAAUAAACUGACUUAAUUAUUUGAAGAGAAAUAUACUCCACCUUUUUUUUCCCUACCCUCUCUCCAUUUUUGGAAUAGUUGCGUUUAGAGUGAAUGUUAAGGUUUGUAUAAUUGUGCCUUCAUC